AUGUCCUUAGAAGACAUAGUCAAAAGCCUUGCCACUAGCACUCAAAGUUUUCAACAAGAAACAAAGGCAAGCAUCAAGAAUCUUGAGCACCAAAUGGAGAAUCAAGGAAAGCUACCUCCUCAAACUAAAAAGAACCCAAAGCACAAUGCUUGUGCAAUUAGCUUGAGGAGUGGAAGGAAAUAUGAUGGCCCGAAGAUGCCCGAAGAAGAAGAAGAGGAGUUGGUGAUAGAAGAACCACCAAAGAAGGAUGAAAAAAUGGUGGAGAAAAACAAGCUCGAAGAGAAAGAAACAAAGAUCACAUCACCACCUUUUCCAUCAAGAUUGAGUAGCAACAAAAAAGAGAGAGGAGAUAGUGAAAUCAUGGCAAUGUUCCGGAAAGUUAAAGUUGACGUCCCUCUCUUAGAUGCGAUCAAACAAGUACCUAGAUAUGCUAAGUUCCUUAAGGAACUUUGCUCAUCUAAAAAGAAGCUGCAAGGUAAUGAGACAGUGAAAGUAAGUGAAAAUGUUUCUGCAGUUUUGCAGAAAAGGAUGCCCCCAAAGAGCAAGGAUCCGGGUGUUUUCACUGUUCCUUGCAAAUUGGGAAACUUGUAUGUCCCCCAUGUUAUGCUAGAUUUUGGAGCUUCAAACAAUGUUUUACCAUAUUCUGUUUAUAAAUCUAUUGGCAUAGGCACUUUAACAAAAUCUGGGGUGAUCAUCCAACUUGCAGAUCGUUCUAUAGUACACCCAAAAGGUGUAUUAGAGGAUGUUUUAGUGCAAGUUAAUGAGCUUGUCUUUCAUGCUGAUUUUUAUGUGCUUGAUAUGGGAGAUGAUGACCACCCAUCCUCGAGUUCCAUCCUUUUAGGUAGACCAUUCUUAAAAACAGCAACAACAAAUAUUGAUGUCUAUAAUGGUACAUUGUCUAUGAAAUUCGAUGGGGGAGGUCAACAACUUCAAUAUCUAUGA